AUGCGCCUCAACUUUGCACAUAUUGUUGCAGCCCUCCUAGCAACUGCUGCUAGCGUGCAUGCCGCACCUUUGACUGCCGCUGGCAGCACUGGUUCCGACCUCAGAAUCAGGGGAAGCGACUGGAUUGAGACCGAGAAUACUAGGCUCGUGAACGUUAGAUUUAUGAGUCUAAGUGCAGGGGAAAAUUUUGACUCGCCAAGACUUCACCUUUGCUAUGAAACGAUUGAGGAGCGAGUGAAAACCGCGCUCGCAAACCGUUUCUCAGUCCCUCUAUACAACAUACGAUUCAAAAACGACUACAAAAAUGAUUUUGCGCUGGAACCCAAAGGACCAUCCGAGAUUCUAGUUUUGGUCACUGAAUCUAACAAGAAGUCACUCGGGACUCUCCUCUCUAUCAACAGAAAUUCCGUCGCCACUGAAGGCAAUUGCGUCGGAUGGCCUUCUAUAAUUUCCCAAAGUUCGGAAAGACCUGAGCAGUCCCUGAAAACAAUAGUUGUAUCACCUAAUGUUCAUUGGGAAGGCAACGGCCAGGGUCAGUUCACCUUGAGUUUUGAAUUUGAGCAGGCUUCAGCGCCCUCAGCAUUUCCUGAUACGCACAUGACCAUUGGAAAUGCUUGGGACCGGCUCAAGAAAGGCCUGUCGGUGAAGGCUUAUAUACAUACAGACUUUCUUCGGUAUAAUCUAUAA